GUCCCUAGGUCUUUGAACUGCCAUUGACGCUGGCCAACAGCCAUAGCAGAAUCCAGAUUUUUCAUCAGAGGGGAAAAAAAAUGACAAAUGAGAAUAGAACAAGCAUUGAGGUAGAUUAUGAAUAUGAAGAAUUUGAUAGUUCCAAGCGUCCAAAAAUGACUUCUAAAGUAUGGGAAGAAAUGCAGAGAAUUCAAACAAGUGAUGGUAGUAAAGUUCUAUGCAAACACUGUGGAAAGCUUUUGCAAGAUAAUUGUGGUACUUCACAUUUGAAGCGUCAUUUAAUUAGAUGCCCCAAGCGUCCAAAACCACUGGAUAUUAUUACUCAAGAUGAUUCACGAUUCAAAGAAUCUGGAUUAAACACACUGCUUAUGGGUCGCCCAUUAAAGGUUGAACCUGAAUCUCAAGUCUCAAGUUUUUGUCGGGCUCCGAAAAUUCGAGCGCCUACUGUUAUUCCAACCAUUGAAAAUGGUCCCAUAUCAGAACUACAUGAAAAAACCAGUUCCAUUAUGUUGUUGUCUAACAUUGAAUCUCCCAGGAAUCAAGGUGACCUGACUCUGGAUGAUGUAGAAAUGAAAGAAUUUUAUGCUUCUCUUGAUGCUGAGACCUCAGAUAUUUCAUCUUCCCAAGAUACCACAGUCAAUUGUGAAUUAUCCAACACUACGCCUUGUGAAGAGACCAAGAAAGCAUUGAAGACACUACAAGACCUUCUCUCCAAAGACUUCACUGUUCUAUUGCAUACUGGACACUGUGGUACAGUGAAAUCUACCAUUGAAUACCUUUCAAAGUUGUCUGCUGAUGAUGGAAUCUCAGCAGAAAUAACAUUGUUGAUAUUAGAAGUUUCUAGAGAAUUCACUCGCUGGAGUUGUGACUACAAUGAUGCUAGUAGGAAAAUAGAGUCUACCAGCACCAACAUCUUGAAAGCAGAUAAGGUAGAAGAAAGUCUUGAAGCUAACAAGAACGAGUUCAAGGAAGUUAUGUCCUUAGAAAAUGAGUUGAGCAACCAGCUGGCAUAUUUGGAGGAAAGAAAGAAAGAACUAGAAAAGCAAAUAAAUGCAGUUAAAGCUAACAUCUCUGCUUUUGAUUCAGCUAAAAUCAUGACUACUAAGAGAAAAAGAGAAGUUUUUGAAGAAGCAAAGACUCUUAAAGCACAGAGAGAUGAGUUGAGGGAACAAGUUCCUCACUUGAGAGAUGAGCUGGAAUUGGCCAAGAAAAACCAAACAAAUAUUCGAGUUGAAUGGUCAAAGCUUGGAGAAAAAUUUAACAGAAGUUUAAAUGGGGUAAAUUGUGAGUGCUUGGAUGGUAAAUCCAUCGUGGCCUGUCAAACUGAAAAUGACAUUUAAUAAAUUGAAUUUCUAUUGAUACCUUCAUACCAACUCGAUGAUGAGCUGAUAAAUGGAAUAGAGGUCUGAAAUUUGUUAU